AACAUCUUACGAUUCUUUCAUUGUCCCCUCGUUCCCUGGCUCUGACCACUUACUUACUAGGUUCUACUAGUACAAACUCCAUUUUUAGCUCUCUACUCGGCUUCAGGUGCACAUGGGAAGCUCAAAGGAAUCUUCAGAGGAUCAAGAUUUGGCAGAGUUGCGGCGCAAUUUAGCCACCGGCAGCCAGAAAGAUGCUGGAGAUGCUAGCUCCGCUAUUCCCUCUGUAGUAUGCUACUGUCUAGCGUCCAUCAUGAUGACAGUCGUGAACAAGUUUGUAGUGUCCGGGAGUCAAUUUAACAUGACUUUUCUGCUGCUAUCAAUGCAGAGUAUAGUCUGUGUUGCGUGCGUGAUUGCAGCUAAGAAGUCGGGUAUAAUAUCCUUUCGCGAUUUCGACAUGCAAGAUGUCAAGACAUGGUAUCCCAUCAGCUGUCUGCUGGUCAGUGUAAUCUAUACCGGUUCAAAAAGUCUGCAAUACCUCAGUAUACCCGUUUAUACCAUUUUCAAGAAUCUGACGAUUAUACUCAUUGCAUACGGGGAAGUCCUCUGGUUCGGCGGACGAAUUACAGCACUUACAAUGGUCGCCUUCAUUUUUAUGGUAUUAUCUUCUAUAUUGGCUGCGUUGACGGAUAUCAGUAAUGCCAUAGAUGGGACCGCGAACAUUCCACCAGCGAGCGCCGCCAUGGGAAUUGGUUUAGACAUGAUGUCAAACAUGGUUUCUAGACUGAACGCGGGGUACGUAUGGAUGUUUGUGAAUUGUCUAAUGAGCGCCGCCUACGUUCUUCUGAUGCGCAAGCGCAUAAAAGUCACUGGCUUUUCUGAUUGGGAUUCGAUGUUCUAUAAUAACUUGUUAUCAAUUCCCGUCUUGGUCGUGUUUUCCAUUGUUGUGGAGGAUUGGGGCUCAGAGAACCUGGUUAGAAAUUUCCCACUCGAGACACGCAACGUUCUUUUGUCCGCUAUCGCAUUUUCGGGUGCUGCGGCAGUUGGAAUCUCAUAUUCUACGGCAUGGUGUGUGCGCACUACGAGUAGUACCACCUAUAGUAUGGUCGGAGCCCUCAACAAACUCCCUGUUGCGGCUUCAGGUAUGCUCUUCUUUGGUGAUGUAGCAACAGUAGGAUCGGUGUCGGCGAUCGGAAUGGGGUUCUUUGCAGGGAUUGUAUAUGCGAUAGCGAAGAACAACCAGAAGAAGAUGGAGAGCCGGCCUCAAGCAACCACUAUCAUACCCCUGUCGAACAGGUAGACCGUCGGCAAGUGCCUUCAUCAUGUUUUUGUAUAUCCCGAGAAUUUAGACGGAGUGCCGGUCAAUGGAGUCACGUACGUCAGGGCUCAUAUUAGUGCGGUUUUUUGCGAGCUGUCGAAUAAAUGCCAACUUGAUGACAGGCCGCAGUGAUGGAGUUAAGAGUCAGAACGUGGGGUAGUAAGCCACUUUAAGUCCGUACGUUGGUCUGAGAUAAACGUGCCAGCGAAACAAAGAUACAUGAUGCUGUGGGGGAUGCGGACGGAUCACUGCGG